GCUGCUAGCCGUCGCAUUGGGAAGAAACUAACUAUUCAGAAACAUGAGAAACCACGGUGGCACCCAAUGUUACGGCAUCAAAGUUCCAUCCGAGGUCGUUUACUGGUGUUUCAUCGAUCAUCACUGUUCACUUGAUGCUGCGACUCGUGCGACUGCGAUGUUUAUACGUUACCGGUCGCAAGGCCUCUCAUCAGAGAGGCUUCUUCACCCUUCCAAACUUCUCGCCCUUCUCGCCCUCAUCACCCAACUCUGAUGAACAGCCACCAACACAAACUUACCAUGAACGCAAGAUUUUUCCUUACGGACGCAUAGAUCUAUACAACUUAGUUGCAGAUGUUGGUUCAUAUCCCAGUUUCGUGCCAUAUUGCACUGGUUCAACAAUCUUGGAACGACGUGUGGGCCAGGAUGGUGUGGUCACGAUGGACGCGGAGUUAAUGGUCGGUUUCUUGGCAUUUAAAGAGAGUUAUGUUAGCAGGGUGACAUGUCGACCUUAUGAAUCCGUCCAGGCCGAAGCAUCGAGCUCAACCCCUCUCUUCAAGACCCUUCAAACAACAUGGCGCUUCCAACCAGCUUCGUCAAUAUCCCCUCACCUUUCCAGUGGUCUACCGCUCCAUGGUGAUGCCGGGAACUUCGUACCCGUGGAUAGCCAUUCUCCUGAUGCCGGACCCACUCUUGUCACACUGGAUAUCGCCUUCGCAUUUGAAAACCCGUUGCACUCUGCUCUCUCUGCCAAUUUUUUUGGAAAGGUGUCUACGCUGAUGGUGCAAGCCUUUGAAGAACGCUGUCUGGCUGUGUACGGAUCCGGGACUAAGUAAUCUACAGACGUGCAAUAAAAAUAUAUGUUAAAAAUGCAAGGGGAUCAAUAUCUGCCAUGAUGGAAUGUACAAUUUGGUAUGUGUGAGUGGAAGUGAGAAUUAUGCGAUCAGAUCUUCCCGUGAUAGGCUGCUGAUACCCUAGAUGUACGAUUGAUC